AUGCACAAUCAGCACCGAAAUCCAUUUUAUCUCUUGAAAACAUUCAUAGAAUACCACAGAAGCUGUCAAAUGAGUAAAUCAACAAAAGAUGAAACGAAACUUCCAAUAACAGACUAUAAGCACUUAGUUUCAGUCUACAAAAAAAGCGGUGCAUUUGACAAGCAGAGAAAACUCCUAUUAGAAAAUUUCAAACAGUCCCAAACUCAUAAGAACUUAUUACUCAAGCUAAAGCUAAUGGUUGAGAACAAAAUCAAGAAUGAUCCCUCCAUAUUACUCAAGAACAAAGGGAAAAUGGCGGCUUUGAUUCAAGGAGAGAUUAUUGGGAAUGCCAAAGGGAGCAGUAUUUUGAGUAUAGUGGAUAAGGACAUCCAAGAAAAAAUCAUUGAUUCCGCCGAAUUUCAUGACAGUUUGAAAGCUGAAGUUAAAGAUAUUAAGCGUAAAUGUGAGGAUUAG